AUGUGGGAUCAUUUUGAGAAGAUAAAGGACAAUAAUAAUGUGGUUGUAAAAGACAAAUGCAUUUAUUGUGCCAAAAUUUAUCACUGUGAGACAAAAAAACAUGGGACUUCUUCCUUAAGAAAUCACAUGUUUAGCUGUUUGAAAAAUCCUCACUCAAAGGAAACUAGGCAGUCCCUGUUAACAUUUCAGGCUGUUACAUCACUUACAGAUGGUCAGCCUACUGUGGGAGAAAUAGGGACCUGGAUUUUUAAUCAAGAGUCAAUUAGGAGGGCCUUGGUUGAAAUGAUAAUCAUAGAUGAAUUGCCCUUUAGGUUUGUGGAGGGAAUAGGUUUCAGGAGGUUCAUAGCUAUUGCUUGCCCUAGGUUUAUAGUUCCAUCCAGGUGGACUAUAAGUAGGGACAUCCUAGUUGUCUAUGAAGAGGAGAGACUGAAAUUGAAGUCAUUUUUAAGGGGAAGCAGUCAUAUGGUUAGUAUCACUACAGAUUCUUGGACAUCCAUCCAAAGAAUUAACUACAUGGUAGUUACUGCCCAUUUCAUUGAUUCUGAGUGGAAGCUUCAUAAGAAAAUCCUUGCAUUUGUCCCUGUUACCUCUCACAAAGGUGAAUAUCUAGCCAAAACCCUAGAAAAUUGUUUGCUAGAGUGGGGGCUUAGAGAUGUGUUUUCUGUGACUGUUGAUAAUGCCUCAUCAAAUGACACUGCUAUGGGGUUUCUGAAGAAAAAAUUGGUGUCUUGGGGAUCAUCUACUAUGAGGGCAAAGUAUCUUCACAUGAGAUGUAUUGCCCAUAUCUUAAACCUAGUAGUUCAAGAUGGUCUGAAAGAUUGUGAUAGUUCUGUUAAGAAGGUUAGGGAGGUGGUUAGUUAUGUUAGAAACUCUCCUGCUAGACUCAAGAAGUUCAGGGAUUUGGCUGAUUGGUUGAGUAUUGAACAAAGGUCUUCUUUGUGUUUAGAUGUUCCAACCAGAUGGAACUCUACCUAUUUGAUGUUGCAGUCUGCAUUAACUUACCAAAAAGUGUUUGAAUCUUUGGAGUCAGAUUGUUUUUUCAAGUCUGAUUUGGGUAAUUCAAUUUCUGAUUUUAUGGACUAG